CGCUUUUGGCUCCUGUGGGCGUCACGAGCGGGGGAGGGAAUGUUAGCAACAGAACCCAGGUUGGAGGAAAAACGGCGGAGUUAAAAGUCGGGUUCGGUCCAACUGUUCAGGAAUGACACCUCCGUGGGGGAUGAACCAGUGCAGCAUAAACAACUGCCAGCGUGAAACACAAACAAUUACCUAUCCAGUUUACAAAGCUGUGCACAUUUCUGCAUUGAAACAGAAUGGACUGCUCCAGUCUCUAUCAGCAACACCCAAUGAUUUUAAGGAAUCAGAUAUUUCAGAGGAGGUACUACGAGCCCGUGAAGAAUGGGACAACAUAGCAAGCAUCCAUCCGGGAGGCACUGUGGAGAAACCCCUUGGCCCGGUUCCCUCAAUCGCUUUCAAUGAAGCCCUGCAGUAUUUCCAAACAGCAGACCUGUCAGACUGUAGGAAAAAGAUUCGGCCAACCAUCCAAAGAAGAGGCCUGGCUGCGAUGGCCCAUUUCCUUUUUGGUCCUCCCCGCCUUCAGCAACAGCUGCAGAGUGAGAGAGACUUAGCUUUGGCCAUUGCCCAGUGUGGUUUGGAUAAUAAUGAAAAAGUGCACAUGAGGAUCUUGCAAACUGUUUACAAGAAACUCACUGGCUCCCGGUUUGAUUGUGCCCGUUAUGGAGCCCACUGGGAAGAUCUUGGAUUUCAAGGAAUGGAUCCCGGCACAGAUCUACGUGGAGCAGGGCUGCUGGGACUGAUGCAAACCCUUUAUUUUGUGAUGGAUUCUCGGAUAUUACCUGUAGCUAGAGAAAUUUUCAAGCUGUCCCAUCAUGAAGUUCAGAAUUUUCCUUUCUGUGUGAUGUCUAUCAAUAUUACCCGUAUUGUCAUUCAGGUUUUGAGGGAGGAACGCCUUUCCAGAGAGUGCAAUCGGAGGCAGCAGGUCAUUGCAGUGCUCAAUGAUUUGUACGUGGCUAUAUUCUUACGGCUUUUCAACAUCUGGAAAACACAGCAAAAGACCAUUUCCGAUUCUGGUUUUGUUUUAAAAGAAUUGGAAGCCUUUGCCAAAAAGAACCCAAAGCAGCUGCUGAGACACAUGGCGACAUUUAUGAACAGAAGCUCUUCAGCAGGCGGGGAUGAUAGUUUUCAGGCUCCUGCUUUCAGCUUGGAUGUCCUUGGUCCUAACUUAAGCUCUGGUCCCGUUGACAGUAAGGAGCUGAAUUUCGCUAGCCUAGAUGACCUGGCGACCCAGAAAGCACAGGACAGCUGAUCUGGAUCCAGAACGGUGUGAAAAUCCUUGUCCGGGAUUAAUCGGCAAAGUUGGUUGUUUUAUAGCCUAUAUAAGGGCUCGGAGGAGGGCUGACACGCUCCUGAAAGGCUGCUGAAGUAGAAAUGCAGGACUUGGAUUGUAGGGCAGAGCAGCUGUCACCAAGUACGAUGAGAGCUCCCGGGGUGGAGCUUGGGAAGAAGAACAGCUAGGAUCCGCUUCUCCCAGUUAGUAGCAUUAAGACGAAUUUGUAGCAGGGAGUGUAAAUCUGAUAUAUGAAAAAGCAUUACACUCCCCUCCACCCCCGCCAUAUUCUUCCAAUGUUCCAGCUAAGAAAUAUUAAUGGGUUAACGGAUUGUGACAUCUGAGCUCAUGUCUCUCUCUCUUUUUUUUAAAGAAAUUUGAGUUGCAGUACCUCCAGGCUUAAGUUGUUUUGUUUUUUUUCACGCUUCAGUUACGCUUUUACCUAGACAUAUAAGAACCGAGUCCUUCUAUCAGUUGGGAGGCAUCUAUUUCCAGAUGGCUUAUUCCUGACACUUUUAUCAAUCCACUGAGGGCGCGUUUUGCUGGAAACGGGAUCAACCAACGAGUAUUAUUAGGUUCUACGGUGACACCCGCACUGAAAGCUGUUGAAAAUGAUAAAAAGAGACCACCAGCAAUGACACUGUAGCAGUUUUCCUUUUUAUGAAUGAUUAUCUAGCACUUACAUCAAUGAGGCAAAACAGUUUUUUUUUUUUUUUUAGCCUCCGGCUGUGUGACAAAGCCAAUAUUAUUUUAUUCCCAUUCUUCUACUUCUCUAGGUCUUGGGGCGGCUCUGGGUUUGAUAAUCGGCAAAAAGGAUUAAAUUUACUGCAUGUGAAGUUUUCAAACGCGUCUCAUAAAGCGAGAAAAGUUACUGCGCAAUAAGCCUUUAAGUCAUUUGUCUAAUUCCGGAAGACUCAUUUCAGCUAUGCAGAAUUCGCACGGAUGUCUUGUCCAGUGUACCAGCCGUGAUGUAAAAUUCAAGCCUUAGUGGAUGGUGGUUCCCCCCCCCCCAUUAAACUUAUUAUUGUCUUCAA